CGGCUAGCCAUCGAAAGGUCACGUGCCGCCGCCAAUGCACGCGCCAGCAACCAUCUUCGAGGUGGAACGACUGGAGGUGAAAUUCGGGCUAAGCCAGCGAAUGAUCUUUGAAUUGCAAGCGAGGUUCCUUGCAGCCGUCUCCCGAAAGCAAGAGUCGAGCCAAGCCACUACCCCUGCAGAGUGUGUCCUUGCAUGCUGCUCGAUUGCACCAGGCCAACCACCGACACUCGAAUCAUUCAUUGCAACGUACAUGGUGUUUAGCCAGCAGGGCAACAAUCCCGACAAGCUGGCUUUUCUGUACAAGUGGUUAAUCCAGCGUAGUCCCGGCGGCAGGGUGUCGGGCAAGACCGAACUCACUGAAGGCGAUAUUAAAGCAUUAUUUCAGCAACACGGGGCGAACGACGCGACCUUGGACGCCAAACUCCACGACGUGCUCCCUGACAAGGCGACAACGCUUCCGUUGACAGCAUUCCAAGACUACAUGGUGCACAAACGACCGAUUGGAGAUCUAGCAGCCAUGCUCACGCUCCCUUCGGCCCCUCAGACGUCCUAGUUUCUCUCAUAUACCGUCGACCAGUGUCGAGUACGCUUGUCGCCUCUCAGCAUUCGAAAAUCGAGACGUUUUACUUGUAACCCCCA